AUGGUCUGCCAAAAGACGUUUACAUUAAACAAUGGUAACAAGAUUCCCGCUGUUGGUUUGGGAACAUGGCAAUCAGGCGAAGAAAACGACACUGUUUAUAGAGCUGUCAAGGCUGCUAUUGCUGAUGGCUACCGUCACAUUGACACUGCCAUGAUGUAUGGUAAUGAAGCUGAAGUGGGUAGAGGUAUUCGUGAUGGGCUCAAGGAAAGUGGAUUGAAGCGUAGCGACAUCUUUGUUACCACCAAGCUGGCUACUAUUCAUGCUCGUCCCUCUCACGUCCCCAAGGCCUUUGAGGAUUCUCUUGCCAAGUUGGAUAUCGAGUACAUUGAUCUUUACAUGAUGCACUGGCCUGUUGCCAUGAACCCUGCUACCGGUCAAUUGGUACCACUCAAGCCUGAUGGUAGCCGUGAUAUUGAUGAGGAAUUGGAUGGUAAAUUCGAGCUCACUUGGGGUGCUAUGGAAAAGUUAUUGGACACUGGCAAAGUCAAGAACAUUGGUGUCGCCAACUUUGCUAUCCCCAACCUUGAGCGUCUCUUGAAGACAGCCAAGGUCGUUCCUGCUGUGAAUCAAGUCGAACUUCAUCCUUACUUGCCUCAAACCAAGCUGGUUGAGUUCUGCGCUUCCAAGGGCAUCCAUUGCUCUGCUUACUCUCCUUUGGGCUCAAGUCAAUCCACUCUGCUUCAAGAUCAAACACUUGCCAAGAUUGCUGAGGCUCAUGGAAAAUCCAUUCCUCAAAUUUUGAUUUCUUGGGGUAUCACUAGGACUAGCGUAUUGCCCAAGAGUGUGAACCCUGAGCGUAUUGCUGCCAAUAUUGAAACUGUCGACUUGACCGAGGAGGAGAUCAAGGCCAUCAAUGACAUUUCCAAAACCACCACCAAGCGUUUCGUGAAGCCUGCAUGGGGAGUUCCUGUUUUUGAUGAAGACUUUGAAUAA